GGGUAUAAUUAGUCAAUAAGUUUUCGGUCACACUGAACGAAUUUGUUUAUGCGAAAAAACCACACAUUUCCAAGCAAUUGGAUAUUUGUUGUUGGGCUGCUGUCUCUGACGUGACCGUUUCCAUGUUAAAUUAACCGGAAAAUGCUGCGCAUACGUCGACGCUUCGCUUUGGUGAUCUGCUCCGGCUGCCUGCUGGUCUUCCUCAGCCUUUAUGUGAUCCUAAACUUUGCGGCGCCGGCGGCCAAUCAGAAAAAGCCGAACUUCAUGGCGAUCGAGAACAAGUUGCAGCAGCUGGAAAACGGUCUGCAGGAGCACGGUGAGGAGAUGCGCAGUCUGCGCGCCCGCCUGUCCAAGUCCUCGGCCAGGGAGGAGCCGCUAAAAAUGCCGCCUAAAGUGCCCCGCACGGUGACGCCGGGCCAGUGUCAGGAUGUGCUGCACGAGGUGCCAGAGGUGGAUGUGCAGAUGCUGGAGCUUUAUGACAGGAUGUCCUUUAAAGAUAUCGACGGCGGCGUGUGGAAACAGGGUUGGGACAUCAAGUACGAUCCACUCAAGUACAACGCCCACCACAAACUGAAGGUAUUCGUGGUGCCGCACUCACACAACGAUCCCGGUUGGAUCCAGACCUUCGAGGACUACUACCAGCACGACACCAAGCACAUCCUAUCCAAUGCGCUUCGGCACCUGCACGAGAACCCUGAAAUGAAGUUCAUUUGGGCGGAGAUCUCGUACUUUGCGCGCUUCUUCCACGACCUAGGGGAGAACAAAAAACAGCAAAUGAAGUCCAUUGUGAAGAGCGGACAGCUAGAAUUCGUCACGGGCGGAUGGGUGAUGACCGACGAGGCCAAUUCACACUGGCGAAACGUCUUGCUGCAGCUGACCGAGGGCCAGACAUGGCUGAAGCAGUAUCUGAAUGUCACUCCCACCGCCUCCUGGGCCAUCGAUCCCUUCGGUCACAGUCCCACGCUGCCGUACAUCCUGCAGAAGAGCGGAUUCAAGAAUAUGCUUAUCCAGCGCACACACUACUCUGUGAAAAAGGAGCUGGCUCAGCAGCGCCAGCUGGAAUUUCACUGGCGCCAGAUCUGGGACACCAAGGGCGAUACGGCAAUCUUUACGCACAUGAUGCCCUUCUACUCGUACGACAUACCGCACACCUGUGGUCCCGAUCCCAAGGUGUGCUGCCAGUUUGACUUCAAGCGGAUGGGCGCCUUUGGAUUGAGCUGUCCCUGGAAAUUACCGCCGCGUGCCAUCGUUGAGGGAAAUGUGGCUGCCCGUUCGGAGCUGCUAGUGGAUCAGUGGAAGAAGAAGGCCGAACUGUACCGCACCAACGUGCUGCUAAUUCCCCUGGGCGAUGAUUUCCGCUUCAAACAGAACACCGAGUGGGACGUGCAGCGAGUAAACUACGAGAAGCUCUUUGAUCACAUCAACAGCGAGGCACACUUCAACGUGCAGGCUCAGUUCGGCACACUGCAGGAGUACUUUGAUGCUGUGCACCAAGCGGAGAAGGUGGGACAGGCUGCCUUUCCCACGCUCAGUGGCGACUUCUUCACGUAUGCAGAUCGCUCGGACAACUACUGGAGCGGCUAUUACACCUCCCGUCCUUAUCACAAGCGAAUGGACCGUGUGCUUAUGCACUAUGUCCGCUCGGCCGAGAUGCUUUCCGCUUGGCACUCCUGGGACGGAAUGGCCCGCAUCGAGGAGCGUCUAGAGCUAGCUCGCAGGGAGUUGUCACUGUUCCAGCAUCACGACGGCAUCACUGGCACCGCCAAAACGCAUGUGGUAAUAGACUACGAGCAGCGUAUGCAGGAAGCCCUGAAGGCCUGCCAGGCAGUGAUGCAGCAGUCGGUCUAUCGCCUGCUCACCAAGCCCUCAAUUUACAGUCCGGAGUAUAGCUUCGCAUACUUCACCCUAGACGAUUCACGCUGGCCGGGCUCAGGUGUGGAGGAUAGUCGCACCACCAUCAUCCUUGGAGAUGAGCUGCCAACCAAGCAUGUGGUUAUGCACAACACCCUGCCCCACUGGCGAGAGCAACUGGUUGACUUUUAUGUGUCCAGUCCGUUUGUCAGCGUCAGUCACCUCACCAACGAUCCGGUGGAGGCUCAAGUGUCGCCGGUGUGGAGCUGGCACCAUGACACGCUCACCAAGACCAUCCAUCCACAGGGCUCCACCACCAAGUAUCGCAUAAUUUUCAAGGCUCGAGUACCGCCCAUGGGAUUGGCCACCUAUGUUUUAACCAUCUCAGAGAGUAAACCAGAACACACAUCCUUUGCCUCGAAUCUCUUACUCCGUACCUUACCGAUAUCCGUCCCUUUGGGCGAAUAUCCCGAGGAUGUGAAGUUCGGUGAGCCUCGUGAGAUCUCCUUGCGGGUUGGUAAUGGUCCCACCUUGGCCUUCACGGAGCUGGGACUGCUAAAAUCCAUUCAGCUGACCCAGGAUAGUCCGCAUGUUCCUGUGCAUCUUAAGUUCCUGAAAUACGGCACUCGCCAGCAUGGAGAUCGAUCUGGAGCGUACUUGUUCCUGCCCAAUGGACCUGCUGUACCGAUGCCGCCCAACAAUCCAGUGGUCCUUGUGAGUAAGGGCCAGCUGGAGUCAUCGGUGAGUGUUGGACUGCCUAGUGUGGUUCAUCAGACAAUAUUGCGUGGCGGAGCUCCAGAAAUUCGCAACUUGGUGGACAUUGGAGAGCUGGACAACACUGAGAUUGUAAUGCGCCUGCAGACGCAUAUCGACAGCGAUAAUCUAUUCUACACGGAUCUCAAUGGGCUCCAGCACAUUAAGCGGCGACGUUUGGAGAAAAUCCCUCUGCAGGCCAACUACUAUCCCAUUCCCUCGGCCAUGUUUAUUGAAGAUGCCAAUAUGCGGCUAACCCUCCUCACAGGCCAACCUCUGGGUGGUUCUUCCUUGGCUUCUGGCGAGCUAGAGAUCAUGCAGGAUCGUCGUCUGGCCAGUGACGAUGAGCGAGGACUCGGUCAAGGAGUAUUGGACAACAAGCCGGUGCUGCACAUCUACCGUCUGGUGCUGGAGCGAAUCAACAGCUGCGAGAAGCCUUCCGAGUCGCAUCCUGCGGGUUAUCUAACCAGUGCCGCCCACAAAGCUUCGCAAUCCCUGCUCGAUCCGCUGGACAAGUUCAUAUUCGCAGAGAACGAGUGGAUCGGAGUACAGGGUCAGUUUGGCGGCGAUCAUGUGUCAGCUAGCGAGGAUCUCGAUGUGCCCGUGAUGAGGCGGCUGACCAAGAGCACGGCCAAGACGCAGCGUGUGGGCUAUGUCUUACAUCGCACAAAUCUAAUGCGGUGUGGCGCCACUGAAAAUCACUCCCAGAAGUUGGAUGUGUGUCACCUGCUGCCGCACACGGCCAGAUGCGAGCGCACUACGCUCACCUUCCUACAGAGCCUGGAGCGCUUUGACUCUAUGGUGGCGCCAGAGGUGUGCCCCAUGGACACGGCUGCGUAUGUGAGCAGCCACACUAGCUGAUCGUCGCGGAUCCAUAGGCAUGAAGGAGCUAAGGACAACGAGAAGCAGCCCAUUAAGGACAAUUUAUGAAUCUCGAAAGCUACAGGCAAUCUCAGUUUAACGUUCAACUUAAGCACUGAUCGCACCACGCCACACCACAGACAAGACCAUGCGUAAUCCACAAAUUACGUAUCAUUUAUUUAUUUAAGCUUCCUCACCACAAGGGAUGGCACAAAGGGUCCCAUCCUACCUAAAUAUGACGCAGCAGCGGCUCUUGUGCGCACUCAUGUAACCCCAGAAUUUACUUUCUUAACCCUUAGGUUUUUACGUUUUGUGAUAUCCCUUCAGUCCCACAACAAGCAAUACAUGUCUGUCUUCGGUGUAUCCCGUCCCAGGGAUAUUGCCUAAAAAAGAAAAAUCACUAAAUCAUAACUAUAACUUAACGUUUAACUGUAAUUGUAGCCUUAGUGAUAAUGACGCAAAUGCAACGGCAAUGAUAUUAACUUGACAAUUGUUUGUAACAAAUUCAAUAAAUUGAGUCUCAUUUUAAAGGUAA